AUGGAUGAUUUAUAUGCGUUUUUAAAUAAUUUGGCGAUAGAGAAUGGAAUCAAGUUUAUCUUUAUUGAAAAAAUAGAUAAAUUUGGGAAAAAGCAGAAGCUUAUUCCAUGCGUUCUUGCAUUGGCUGAAAGUUCAUUAUAUAUCGCCUCAAAAAAUGUGUUUAAUAAAUGUAAAAUAACACACAUGUAUUCCCUUCUCGAUCUUAAGCUUGUUGGAUAUAUCCAAAUUUCUAUUGCUAACUUAGAUUUCGGAGAUCAACAAUUAAAAUUUACAUCAAGUAAUACUAAGAACUUAGUUACUCAAAUAGUUUCUCAAGCUCAUAGACUUCUAACCGAAGAAGAGUUUUCAGCUAUAUCUCUUCCAAACGAAUUUCCAAAUUUACCAGAUUCAACACCUCAAUCAUUUCUAUGGCGUCUGCAGCUACAGCUCAGCCAAUUAAAGGAACCUCUUGACAUUUCAAGUAUUGGAAAUAUACAAACAGACGUUUUUUACCAAAAUGAUUCUUUUAAAUUCAACGACUUACCAAUGGAAGAAGAAAUCUUUCCUAUCUUCUUUAAUUCACUUUGUUUGAACUCAGGAUUCAAGCAUUUAGUAUUUAAUCCCAUUACAAAAUUCGAUAUUUUUGAAAUUUUAUCUAAAUAUUUUAAUUUUUCCAGCAAGAUCGAAAAACUUACAUUCAAGCAUGGGCCGACCCAAUUCUUCCCUAAUUUCAUCGAAAGAUUCACUCAAAUACAAAAUUCGAACUUAUGUUCCUUAUCUUUCGUAAAAGCAGAGAUAUCGGACGUAGAAUUGAUCGUAUUAUUUUCAGUUGUUAUGAAAAACAAAAUUACAAGUUUGACAUUUGCGAAAUCAAUUUCAAAUAAACAGCUUCUCAACAUAACUUCUCAUGAAUGCUUCUUCAAUUUACGAUCAUUGACAUUACAAGGAAUACAAGACCUCGAUAUUGAGGCUUUUGCUCCAUUUUCUUUAGAUAUUCACUCAUUAAGUAUCAUUGAUUGCGGAGAAACAACAAUUGGAGGUGUUAUAAACGCAAUUACGAAGUAUCCAUCUCAUAAUAUACACUAUUUAUGCGUACAUUCCAAAUCUUGUGGCCAAAUAAUUUCGAAAUUACCACAAAAACUUUUACACGUCGUUGCAGACGAUAUAGAAUGGGGAAGCAACGAAUUUGCAAGGUUUAUGACACUUUGCGCGUCACAUCCCAACAGAAUUACCGUUUCAGUUGCAAAUACCAAAAUUAUUAACAACGAAAUUGAGAAAAGCAUCACUAGUUUCACUCAAGAAGCAACCGCAUCCAAUAUUUCAGCACUUGUAUGGGAUGGAAACAUGACAAAUUCCAAUUUAAUUGUAUUUCUUAAAAAAUGUCAAUUAAAAUACGUCAGUAUGUGCGGAUGUCCCAGUAAAAUACCCAUAGGAGACCUUUGCAUGCUGUUAGACAACAAUAAUUCCAUAGAAACUCUCAAAGUUGAAGGUACAAAAGAAAAUUCUUUGGAUGAUAUCACUCCUAUAUGCGAUAUGUUGCCAUUAUUACCAUCCCUUAAGGAGUUUGAUAUCGCGUACCAGAAGAUUUCGAACGCAGAAAUUAAAUAUAUGGGAGAAAAACUGUCACAAUGUAAAAUGAUCGAAAAAAUUGCUUUCCAAGGGACAAACGCUACAUCAUUAUCACCUUUUAAUGAAUGCGCAGCAACUCUUGUACAGAAUGGUCGUCAUGUUUCGAUUGUUUGGCCUUAUGAAGAUAUAAUGAGACUCACGAAUGAAGGAAAGAUGACUCCUGAAGAGGAAACUGAGUUAUUAACAAGAUACCAGUAUACUGCUCGUACCGAUGAUAGCAAUAAUCCCUUUGAUAAGCCAUUUUCUGUUUUUUGUGGCCGAUUUUCCAUUGAAUUUCCCCGAGUUUUGACUCAAAAGAAAUUAGAGGGAGAUAACCAUACAGAAGCAUACGAAGUAAUUGAAGAAACAGUAACUGAGACACAGAGCCACUACGGAAGUGUCCAUCCGAUUCAAAUUGCUUCAAGAAGAGCUAAAAAAGAAAAUCAAUCAAAUCUUCGAAGCAAAAGUAAACAAAAGAACCAAAUGGAAGUCAAGAAUUGGAAUUUCAAUGAUGAUAGUGGCGAAGAUGAAGAGAAUCCUGUUAAAAGUUCAAAUCUUCAUUCGAUGAAACAGUGGAACUUCGAUGAUCCAACGGAAGAGAACGAAGAAGAGGAAGAGGAAGAAGAACAGAAGCCAACGAUUAAGUCUAGAAAGGUCACCGAGUCUCCAAAAGAACAAGAAACUGUGAAUUCAAGAAGAUCUGUAAGAAAGAAUAAGAAACUCGGAGAAAUGGAUUGGGAAUUUAAUUCAAUUGCUAAUGCAGCUGCAAAGAAACAAGAAAUCCAACCUUUGCCGGUGAAAUCUGAAAAAUCAAAAUCUAAAAAUUUAGAAAAUGAUGAAGAAAAAGUGUCAAAGAGGGCAAAAAAGCAAAUUCCUGCAGAACCAGAAGAAAAACCAAAGAAGAAAAAGAAAGUUGUCGAAGAAAAUCUUGAAAUUCAAGAAGAAAAAACUAAAAAGAAAGGAAAGAAGGUUAAAACAGAAGAAAUCGAAGAAGUUAAGCCUACAAAGAAAGGAAGGAAAUCUGUUCAGGAAGAUUUAGAAGAAGAAAAGCCGAAAAAGAAGAAAUCAAAGCAAAUCGAAAACGAAAUUGAAGAAAAACCGAAGAGAAAAGGUCGCAAAGCUCAAAACAACGAACCAGAUGAUGAAAAACCAAAAGAAAAACGAAGUAAAGCUUCAAAAGAAAAUCAAGUUGAAGAAAAGCCCAAAAAGAAGGGAAAGAAACAUGAUACUAAUGACUCAGAUAAAGAAAUUAAUACAAAGAGGAAAGGAAAGAAAGUUGUCGAAGAAAUUCCAGAAAAAACAAAGAAAUUAAGAAAAACAAAGAGCCAAGAAGAAACUUCAUCGACAGAUAUCGAGCACCAGAAAGAACAGUCAUUUGUUAUUGAUGCUGGUAACAGAAUUGAAGGAACUCCAGUUAAUUUUGAAUUUAAUCCACAUCCAAAGGUAGAACAAACACCGGCAAUCAAUAAUUCGGCAUUUAUCAGGAAGAACAAUGUUGAUUACUCACUCAAUUCACUUAUAAGAAGUAUGACUUUGUAA